AUGAGUCAGAGGAUGGCAAAGGACGGCCCCAGGCUCUCCAAGAACCAGAAGUUCUCCGAGCAUUUCAGCAUCCACUGCUGCCCGCCCUUCACCUUCCUCAACUCCAAGCGCGAGAUUGUGGAUCGCAAGUACAGCAUCUGC